GGGGGAGGUGGUGCCAAGAAUGAUACCUCUUUGAUGAAGGUUGCUUCUUCUUCUUCUGCUCGGUUUGCAGGACCAGCACUUAUUUAAGGGUACACCUUUAAGUUGCUUUUCUUACCGCUUUUUAUGCAUCUCUCCCUUAGGAUGAGAAAGGCAUAAAAAGCGGGGGAACCCGCAAGCACCAAAAACCUACCUCUAACUUAUAGUGUCGUCCAGAGGCGGUGAUGGCACUGGAGAUGGUCGUGCACGAGCUGGUCGAGAAUUGCGUAUACCUGUUCGUUCGAUAGCCGAGUUGCAGGAUCGACUCAGAGAGCGUGUUGGACAGGCUCUAAUACAAGAGCGCGCACUGAUAGAGCAGAACGAGGCUGACUCAGGACAACAAGCACACGAUGCUUCGUUCUUGACGUCAUCGCAGAGAAGCGGAGGACGAGGCAGCGGUUUGAAGCACAGAAGGAAGAAGCAGGGUUCGG